GCCAUGAUGUAGCCACACUGCCUGCUGGCAAAAUUUGGCCACACCAAAGCCGAAAAUUUAUUUAGCACUUAAAUAUUUUUGUUAAUUAUCAAAUAAAUCGUAAUGUCAUCCGGAAACGAGGCAAUUGAAGAGCUGGAAACCCGCUUGGAAGAUGUGAGUCUGGAGGAUAUAAGUGCUCGGCAUCGCCGCGAGCGCAAGGAAUUGCAGGCAAAAUUACAGGCCAUGAAGAAGAAUGCUCCAAAAAACAAUAAAAACAAGAGAAAGGAGUUCCUUGAGGAGAUGGCUCGAUUAGAAGGCGAACUGGACCAGCGUCACAAGGCGGAACUGCUGGCGGCGGAAGCCAAGGAUGUGCCAGCAGAAAAGGAAGUCCCGAGAUCAGUGGACAAUGCGAAAAAAACAGUGCCAAAUGAGGAUGAAAUCGAGGAAAAGGAAGAGGAUGACCUGCCCUCCAAUCAGCGUGUGUCCAAGGCCCAAAAACGCCGUGAUAAGAAAGCCAAGGAGGCCCGUGAACGUGAGGCGGAGAUCAAAAUAGAGCUUCAAAACGCCGCCAAUCAGCCAACACCCAAAUUAAUCGAGCUCCAACAGAUUACCACAAAGCUCUCCCAACGUCAACUAUCCCUCCAUAACAUAGCCUCCGAUGGCGAUUGCUUAUAUCAGUCCAUUAGACACCAACUUCUAGUAAAUGCGCUUCCAGGUCACAGUGUUCAGGAGUUGCGGGAGGAGACGGCCAAUUAUGUUCGUGCUCACAAGGACUCCCUUAUCGCCUAUAUGGUUGACCCAGAUACCGGGGACCUCCUGAACGACCAGCAAUUUGAAAAGUACUGCCAUGAUAUAGCAAAAACUCACGCCUGGGGCGGACACAUCGAACUGAAAGCUAUAUCUUCACUGCUUCGGGUUCCCAUUGAAGUUAUCCAAGCAGAAGGGGCACCUACACUACUGGGACAAGAAGAAUUCGGUGGAUCACCACUGGUCAUCUGCUACCACCGUCACAUUUAUCAACUGGGUGCCCACUACAACUCCACAGUGCCAGUAGCCUGAGAUCUUAAUAAGAGAUCCAAAUGAUACCCAUUUGAUUAACUCGAUUGUAACAGAUUUUUUAUUAUUAUUACAUAUUAUGUUGACUUUA